CCCUGAUAUUCAAACACCAAAAUUUGGUACUUGUAAUCAUGCUAGCCACGUCCACUCCGUGAUUGCACACAGCCAUACACGUCCUUGUCACAUAGUCUUAAAAAAGUGUGUGUCCACCUCUAAAUUCAUUUGUAAAAACCACCUAAAUAUUGUUGUCUCCUUCUCAACCUCACCAAUUUGAAGCCGCCAAACUUACAUCAAUGUCUCUCUCUGAAAUCUCGUAUUCACCUUCAUUGCCUGAGGAUUCUCCCGUGAGAGUGCAGCUGGUUUCUAAGUCUGUAUCGGACCGGCUUCUCAUAAAAUUCUGCGAUGUAUCAGAGUUUGGCUUUGAUUAUUCUCGAAGUGGACUGUGGUCUCCUCCGGUUGAGAGGCGUGUUUUCUUAAGCUCACCGGGGAGAAUAUCCACGGAACAUGAAAUGGUAGAGAAGUUAAGAAAUGCUCUAGAAGCACGCCGCAGAAGAAGAUACAAAUUUUGCUUCAGUUCAAUCUGGUGUUCUUCAAAGGGACUCUGAAGCCAAGCCUGCUUAAUUCUCGUGAUGAGUGCUAAUUCAGGUGGAUUCAUAGCAAUCGAAGAAAAGACUAUUCUUUUUUUCUUUUCUUUUCUUUUUUUUUUCUUUUCUCUUUCUCCUGCCGCCCGUUGUAAAUGUCCAUUUUUUUCAAAGAAACAUAUGAAGAAUACAUUUAGUUAGAA